UUCCACUUAAACUCACUUACAGAUGGAGAGACCCAGCCGCUUAGUUCACAGUCUAAUCAAACCGACGUGACAGCAGCAUUAACCCAAAGCGUCGCUAAUUUCCUAAGGCAUAUGCUGAGAGCUCAAUCUUUAGUGUAAUAAUAUAUCCAGGUGAGGUGAUCUGACGCACCGUUUUCCCACACAUCUACCCCCGUGCGCGCGUUCAGCCCUUCGGAUCCAUGACGGGACUGUGUGCGCUCUGCCUGACCGCGCUGCUCGCAGCAUUCGCCCGGCUGGCUGAAAGCGUCAGCCCAGUGGUCCGCUGCGAGCCGUGUGACGACGGGGCGAUGGUGCUGUGCAAACCGUUGCCUUGGGACUGCGCCGAGCCGGUAAAGGAGCCGGGCUGCGGGUGUUGCAUGACUUGCCCGCUGACCGAGGGCCAGGCGUGCGGAGUGUACACGGGGCGCUGCGGUACCGGGCUGAGCUGUCAACAUCGCCCCGGGGAGAGCAAACCUCUGCAGGCUCUGCUGGAGGGACGGGGCGUGUGUGCGAAGGCACCGGACAAAAAGCAAAGCGGCAGUCCAGCGCAUGGGCACGAUAACCCUGAGGAGGAAGGAGAGGAACAUAUCUCCAAUGGUACCGGGGCAUCAGACGUCAGGGGGGCUGAGACGAUCCAGCUCACAACAGUUGUUUCCGGGGACACGCAGGGAGGUCUAAGGACGCCGUUAGAGCCCAAAGAUCCUAUGCUACAGUCCAAUAAACUGGAGGUGCUCCAAAAAGGUCAAACCAAGAAAACCCAGAGCUAUAAAGUACCAGUUUCCAGCGGGGUCCAUACAGAUAAUCACAACUUCAGUCAGGAGUUGAAGAGAGAAUCUGAAUAUGGUCCGUGUCGUCGGGAGAUGGAGAGUAUUAUAAAGAUUUUUAAGAUCUCAAGUGUGCUGAACGCAAGAGGCUUCCGCAUUCCAAACUGUGACCAAAAGGGUUUCUACAAGAAAAAACAGUGCCGUCCAUCCAAAGGGCGCAAAAGAGGUCACUGCUGGUGUGUGGACAAGUAUGGACAGUCUAUACCCGGCUAUGAAGAAAAGGAGAAAGUCCACUGCUAUAACAUGGAGACAAAGUGAAGGGGAGAGAGAGAGAGGCAGAGCGGUGGAAACAGGGAGACAAAGAGGGAUAUCUCCCCUUAAGAACUACAUGAAUACAGAUUCAAAAGUGCUGUCCCAAAGCUGACCUCCCACUUGUAUGCUGAGGCAUGGACUCACGUGACCAGCAACUCACUUUACACUUCAGGAGAGUGGGGAGAACGAGAGGAGGAGACAGAGAGAGUGACACGUCUUCUGUUUUGGACUGUAUCCCGAGAGGGAAGUGUGAACAUAAUCAAAAGUACGAGCAAAUUUCAGUAGCACACGCUAAGUCUGAGCAUAUGUACUCUUGUGUAUGUGAGGGACGUUGUGUACUUGUUCCGUGUGCAUUGGUAGUCUCUCUCUUCCGCUGUAGCGUGUAUUGAUCUCUGCCAUGACUAUAAGCGACUCUCUCUUAGUCCCACUUCCUGUUUCUGCCCUCCUGGUGUAGGGUCGUUUAAACUGGGCACGCUCAGUGGCACUAGGCGGCUCUAGCCAUAGACUCCAUCUGAAGCACAAGCACUUCAUGCACUUUGGCCCCUCCUGAACACAUACUCCAGCCUGUUAGUGUUUGAUUAUAUGAUUCGACCAAUUGUAAACGAUUCUAUACCAGGACAUACUUAGAUGAAUGCCCUUUUGAAAAGUAUAUAUUAUCUUACAUGGGACACAGAGCUGUUAGCUUGUGUCGUCAGGACAGCAUUUAAAUGCCCCUAAUAUAUAUCCACACGGGCAUUAUCUCACUUUCAAAACAUCAUGAAGCACUUUGAAAAUAAGAUUGUUGCUCCAAAUGCUGACUAUCAUUGUCCUUCACAUUUAUAGGCAUUCGCUAAAAGCAUGUAUCUUGCGCAACGUCUUUUUUUAUGGGUUUGAAUGUAACCGUAACGCUACAGUUCCCUGAAUUACCGAAAUCGGUGUAGCUAUGGCAGUUUUUGAAAUCAAUGCCUUAACGAAACCCGUGCGGAAAUGUGUUGCUUAAUGGUGCGGGUUGUUUCGCUCUCUGUCUCUCUAAAUAUUGAUAUUCAACCCCAGUAGGGAAGCUACAGGCUAACAUGGCAGCCUUGUGUUGUUGUCUCAAAACUGACCUCCUGAGAAAAGACUUGAAAGGUGGAGGGUGCCAGAGAGGUAGCCCACACGUUAGCUUAUUAGCAUAGCGUCGGAAGAAAGCUCACCCCACCCCUCCCAAACAGCUAAACAAAAGACAAACAAAAAUGUUUGGUGCUACACCUCAUCUGACUUGAUUACGGGGAAAGAGCAUACGAGUAUGCUAAGCUAUUAGCCCUUCCUUAACUUGUAAUUGUGUCUUGUAAUUUUUUUAUAUGAAUAUAUAUUUUGUUUCAGGCCAGCUAAAUGUCUAAAAAGGCAUGUGAACUUUAUGCUAAAAAGAUUAUUUAUCCAAGAAAGAAAUAUAAGCUGAUCCAAACUAUGUCUUUGAGAACAAUUCAGUGACCCGUUGAUUGCACAGUAGUGAAAACAUAGAACUCAGCAUAUUUUUGGGAAUAUAAUCACUAAAGUCUUUUAUUAGGUUUGUUGUUUAUCUACAGUUCGGAGUACUAGGUGUCUUUUGUUAGCUAAGCAAAGAUGCUGUCCUUCUGUAAAACUCUUUAGUUUAAAUCUUCAGGUUAUGUGUAGGCCUUCUAUGGUAUGAAUUAAGCUAAAUCUAAGCUUAACUUUAGCUAACCUAAGCUAAACUAAGCUAAAGUAAAGUGAACGCUAAGUAAAAAGCUGAGGCCAAGCUUGUGUUUCAAAGAACAUCAAGGUCAAUGUUCAAGCUAUAGUUGAUCUUCAAGAAAGCUUGCCACCCUCAUUCUGUGCAAUGCCAGGGUCAUUCACCCGCAAGUCACUUUUAAAGAUCCCUCCGUUCACGGGUAUUUGCCUUUUGUUUGUUUUUUUUUUCAUUCAAAAUAAUUUUGAUUCUUUAAAAAGCUUUUUAUGGUACUAACUAGAAAUUAUACAGCUAUCACUUUCUUCGAGAAAGGAAAUGUUUUUGUUCAAAUAUAAUUUGUAUUUAAUGCCUUCUUUUUUGAAUAAAAAAAUGUAAACACUA